AUGAACAAUAAAGAUAUUGAAGAAAUAAUUAGUAAAUAUUCAGAAAAAUUAAAGAAUGCCACAGAUGAAGAUAAAAAGAAAUAUGAAAAGAAAAUAAAACCUUAUGUUCAACUUAAAUUGGCUCGUGGUAAACUUGAACUUUAUCAAUUGGAAUCGGUUGUUGUUUUAUUGAAAGUUGGUUAUAUUAAAUUUAUGUCAAUUAUUAAUAUAAUUUUUAACUAA